ACCGUAAUUAAAAGUGGGCUGAGGCUGAAAAUCAGAAAUCAAAACAAAAAUAAAUCAUUUUCGUCAGGCGAUUUGACGACUUGUCCGACAUGCAUUUCAACGAAAGUUUUUAAUUUCGCAAAUCUUGCUCCGUGGAACGUCCGAGAUGAGACUUUUGCGUGCAGGACACCUAGGUGGGACACUGCUGUUAGUGUCCCAGCGGUCGGUGCACCUGGACGCAACCAGUGUCAUCGGCCAGGAAAACCGAAUCCGAUGUGUCCAGGCUCUUAGGCAGAUCAAGCCUCUUAGACUGAAAGGUGGUGAACCCGAAAAGAAGGCUGCCGUUUUGGUGCCUCUUUGUAUUGUCGAGGGGCAACUUUCCCUUCUUUACACUGUUCGGUCCACCAACCUCCGGACCAACAGGGGAGAAGUUUCUUUUCCUGGAGGAAUGGAAGACUCAACUGAUUCUAGUCUGGUGGAAACUGCCCUUCGUGAGACUGAAGAGGAACUGGGCAUCAAAGCAUCUACUGUUGAUGUUUGGUCUGAGGCAAACUUUGUCGGAACAUAUUCAGGAAAAGUUGCGGUAAUGCCCGUUUUGGGAUUUGUUGGCACUUUGGAUCUAAAGAACCUGCAAGUGAAUGAUCAGGAAGUGGAGGCUGUGUUUUCGUUGUCCAUAGAGCAGCUUUGCGAUCCCCUUGUUUGUCGGCACACCCAGUUCCGAAGCAGAGGGAUGGUCUUGCCUGUUUUCCAGGCACCUGGCCAACAAACGGUCUGGGGCCUGACUGCCGUCAUCUCACACAUAAUGCUCAAAGCCCUUGUGCCUAAAUUGUACAAGAAGCAUCUAAGAGCAAUCCCUGCAAUCAAAGUUGAAGAGCCAAAGCUGUGAGUCCUAAGCAAUUGGUGUGCAAGUAUUUAAGGUUUUUAUUAUUUCUGACAAAUAUUAACAUCAUUUAAUAACUUUUAAAAUUAAAUUUUAUUAAGAUCCAAAUGUUAAUUAGAAGCUUUUUUGUUCCAAAUGAGUUAAUUUUCAUAAUUUUUAAAAUGUAGACUUGGGAACUAAGUUGAUCUUUUGUUCCUUUUUGUUGGGUAUUUUUGACAUACAUUGAAUAUAUUUUAUUUUUCCUCUUUUAUUGAAAUAUGAUCAAUAUUUGAUCAGUGAAACCAUAUGACAAUAGUGAGACACCCAAAUUGUAUAAUAUUUGUGGAGCAAAUUUUUGUGCUUUGCUAUUACAAAGUUUUCCUUAAAAAUAAAGUGUGACAAAAUGCA